CCCAGAGACCAAGACCCGAGCUCAGAUCAAGAGUCAGCCAUCUAACCGACUGAGCCCCACCCCCCGGGCACCCCUGGGACCUAGCAACCGAGAACUUAGAAGGUGAGGACAAUGGGUGGCAGAAUGUGGGGACAGCGGAAGGCUCAGGAGAUGGCCUUGGAGGCGAGCGGCUGGCUGGUGUGAUGGCCGAGACCUCCUGUGUGCCCUGCUGAGGAGCAGCCAUGGAGGAGCAAGGAGGGCAUCCUUAGAGGAGCCGCGUGGGUUUCUGUGCGUCUGGCCCGGUGGCCGGCCGCCCUCCUCCCCAGACAUUCCUUCCCUCGGAGACUGUGUCACUCCUUAGUGGAGGUAUGGCCCCUCUUUGUUGUGUGUGUCUGACUGUGGUAAAGUAGAACACAAAAUUGAUCAUUUUACCACACCUUUAAGUGUACAGUUCAAUGGACAUGCAUAAUGUUGUUCAGCCACCACCACCAUCCAUGUCCGGGACGUUGGCCUCUUCCCAAACGGAAGCCCUGUCCCCGUUGACCGCCACAUUUGUGUCUCCCCCAGCCCCUGGCAACCGCUGUCCUACUUUCUGUGACUAGGACGCUGCACAGAAGCGGAAUCACACCAUUUGUCUCUUGGGGACUGACUUAUUUCACUAUAAUGUCUUCAAGGUACAUCCGUGUUGGAACAAGUGUCAGAAUGUCCUUCCUCUUUAAGGCUGAGAAAUACUCCCUUGUGUGUAGAGACCCCAUUUUGUCUAUCCAUUCAUCCACGGAUAGACAUUCGGGUUUCCACCUCUUGGCUAUCGUGAAGGAUGCUACUGUGAACGUGGUGGGGGUAGGGGGGCAGGUAUUUGCUUUCUCUUCCGUUGGGUAUAUACCAGGAGCUGGGAUUGCUGGAUCCUGGGGUAAUUCCACAUUUAAUUUUUCGAGUUUUUGUUGUGUUUUGAGUUUUUGUUGUGUUUCCUGUCCUCCAUUGUGUCUUGACUCCUUGACCACACAAGUGUUUGUUUCACUCACUCUCAAAGAUUAAUUUGCUGUUCCUUGCUUUCCCAUUUGGAUGCCCAUUCCUGGUCUCUUCUGACGUGGAUUCGAGUGGUACCACAUCAGCGUCACCCACCAGUGAAGACUAAGGAAGGUGCAAGGGGCUGAGCAGCACAGAGGGCCACCUAAUCCCACGUAGAACCUCUUCAGCUCGCUCCAUUCCACAACCUUUGUGCUGUGACACCAGAGUCACGUCAUCGUGAGACAGCCUCACUGGGGUUUUUUUAGCUCCUGUGUCACAAUGGCCCCAAUAUUCCAGAAUUUUCUUUAAAGGUUUUAAAAUGUUGGGUAAGUGCCUGUGUAGGUUUGUCCGUGGUACGUAAGUGGAGCCAGAGGACUUUGAUGAGACGAGAUCCAGACUAUCGCAACAGCAUCCUUCAAAGUCCUGGUGGUCUCGUCCGAUGGUGGGUUGGAAGUGGCCCAUUAGGAGAGAAGGGGCCGGCUGCCCGAGGGCAAAGGGGAUAGCAAGUGUCUGCGGCAGGUAACCCCAGAGCGGCGGCGAGAAGCGGAUCUCCUCUGGAGCCAAAGACAAACGGGUCAGUGUCUCCACUCUUCCCAUUAGGUCAUGGAGCUUUUAACAUUUACGUGAGAGCAAGAAUGUGGUCGUGUUCCUCUUGACCACAGGCAUGGGUUACAGAGACUCUGGGGUUCUGUUGGGAGUUUCUGACUCAACAGGCCAUCAGUGCUGGGCUGGGUCUCCAUCCUACAGAUGAAUUCAGGUUUGAGAAGGAGUUCUGGAGGAGGCCUCCAGGGACACAUUUGGCCCACUCAACAAACUUCACAUGCCCGUCGGGCACCGGCCUUCUACUAAGUGGAUUGUGAUUCCCUGGGUGCGCGGCCGCCAUGCUUCUGUUCAUCAAUAGCGCUAACUGCCAAGUGGCAGGUUUUGCUAUCGCCACGGUUGGAUGGAUCCUCACCACCACCUCCAUGGGCCUCGUGGAGUGGAGAGUGUGGCACAUGGACAACACCUCUCUCUUUCCCUCUGGCCCGGUCUGUGUGGGAAUGUGGAAAGUCUGCAUUUACCACCAUAUCAGCAACUAUAACAGAACCAAAUUGUGUCGCCAUUUCAGCUACCGUGAUACUUACCUCCCUCUUGAUAUUCGUGUUUCUCAAAAUCUCCUGCUGGUCGCCAGCAUUCUAGGCCUUUUGGGGAGAGCCUCCAUCAUCUUUGCACUUAGAAAUGUGUACAUGGGAGUUCGUCAGGGGAAUGCCACCUUCAAUCCAUCUGUUGCUUCAGGAAUUCUGAACCUGGCUGCUGGCAUCUGUAUCUCAAUCGCUGUGGUCUGGAAUUACCACUCCGUGGUGAAUGAAGAGGGUAUUACCUUCCCGCCAUCUCUCGCUAUACCCUUCAAGCCAAAUACUCAGGAGAUUGGCAGUGCCUUUCUGGUGGCGUGUCUGGCUGCCUUCAUGACGAUGUUAAGUGCGUUACUUUUCCUCGCUUAUAAACUCCCCACGGUGAACUAAGUUCACCCUCAAACUUCAGAGAUGUAAAAGUCCUGGUUGCGUUGGCUUUGCGAAUCCAGCUUGACCAAGGGUUUAUGAGAAGUAUUAGUAGGAUGUUCUAUCAAAUAUUUCCAAAGAUUCAAGACCAUGGCAAAGGUAGCUUUGGGCAGAAGGUGGCCAACUAUUUCCUUCCUUUACCUUCUGUGUCUUUGUUUCAUUGAUUCACCAGUUCAUUGAUUGAAUUGAGGAAAUUUCAUUUAAAAAAAAAAUCUUCCUCAC